CCGCCUCCCCCUCCCCCCUCUCGGGUUCCUCAUCGUCAUCGUCGUCGCUCGCCAGCUAUCAGCGGGCUGGAGCAGCAGAGAACCAGGCUUAACGCAGACUGUUGCCGCCUUGACUCCUUUUCUUCACUUGACGGAGCUUUUGGGACAAAUUGUCCGACAAUUUGGAGGCCCUUUCUCGUCUGGACGCUCCUUCCAAUGCCGAGCUUGGAGAAGCUAGCCGGGCUAGCUUCUCUCUCGGCUAUCAGCAUCACCGUUUGCAAACUCUUCUUUUAGUCGCCUUUUCGACCCCGUCCAACUCUUGACGUGUGUUGUCGCGUCUGCGUUGAGCGGCCCUUCGUGUGCGCGCAGAGUUGACAGCAACUUGUUCGGGGUUGGCGUGUUAUUUUAUUAUUUUUUUGCCGAGUAUGUAGGUCAGUGUCGCCGAGAGAUGUGGGUCAUCGCCGCUUAGUCCAGCAACUGCUUAGCAACACGGCUAAUUGCUAACUCAGAGCUUUUUUGUUAUUGUUUUUAUUUUUUUAAGUAGCUGAUUAGAACCCAGCUAAUUGUUAGCUCAUUGGGAGCACGGCUAUCUGCUAACAUAGUUUUGUUUUCAUAUAUUGUGUAUUUUUUGUUAGCUCACAGUAACCCAGCUAAGUGUUAGCUUCUUAGCAAAACGGCUAACAGUUAACUUAGUUACGCGGUGCUAGCAGAGUUUCACAUCUUUAUUGCUUAAAGAGAAACUCGGCUAAAUGUUAACUCGUUAGCAACACGGAUAAGUAAUCCGUCAUAGUUUAAAGGCUUUUUUUUAGCUCAUAGGAACUUAGCUAAAUGUAAUUUCCUUUGCAACAUGGGUAACUUGGCUAUUCUGUAUUUUAUUUUUGCUGUUAUCUUAUAGUAACCCAGCAAGUGUUAGCUCCUUAUUUACACAGCUACCUCCCUGAGUAACUCAGCAUAUAGACUAUUAUUUCAUGCCAAUUUAAAAUUCUACAUUCUCCUAUUUUGACUCUGACAUUCAGUGUUAGCAGAGUUGAGCUCACGUGGCUUCCGUUGAUCGAAGAGUUCAUUUUAAAAGGCAUCAAACACACUGCUCGUUUUUUAGUGUGAUUUAAAAAUUUAAUGUAAGCCGUGUCCUCAGUGGCGCCUUGGCGGAGGUCGUGGGUCAUGUGCAGUUUGCAGCCGCGAUCCCUCCGCGUCUAGCCAGCCAGCAGGAGGCGCAAGAGGAGGCAUAGGGGCAGCCCCAAGGAUGGCCUUCCACGACGCAGGCCGCCAGACGCUUUGUGGCGACCUGUUUUCUGGCUCCGACUUGGCCCACAAGUACUUCUACGUUAACUCGUCUUGCGGUGCCCCCUCGGCCGCCCUCAGCGCCACACCGUGUGUCAGCGGGCCUCCCGCCGUUCCAGCGGGGACACCCCGGCACCCAACCGCCCUGGGGGGCGGCGCCGGCGGGGGGGCCGCCGUGCCACAGCCGUACAGCAACCCGGCCAGCGAAGUGCCCAGCCCGGCCGAGAUGGAGCCCGAUCGGCCCAUCGGAUACGGAGCCUUUGGUGUGGUCUGGUCGGUGACGGACCCUCGAGACGGCCGGAAAGUGGCGCUGAAGAAGAUGCCCAACGUCUUCCAGAACCUGGUGUCGUGCAAGCGCGUCUUCCGAGAGCUGCGCAUGCUGUGCUUCUUCAAACACGACAACGUGCUGUCGGCCUUGGACAUUUUACAGCCGCCGCAGAUCGACUGUUUUGAGGAGAUCUAUGUGAUCACGGAGCUGAUGCAGAGUGACCUUCACAAGGUCAUCGUGUCCCCUCAGCCGCUCACCAGCGACCACAUCAAGGUCUUCCUCUACCAGAUCCUGCGAGGCCUCAAGUAUCUCCACUCUGCCGGCAUUCUGCAUCGCGACAUCAAACCCGGGAAUCUCCUGGUCAACAGCAACUGCCUGCUCAAGAUUUGCGACUUUGGUCUGGCACGCGUAGAGGAGCCGGACCCGUCACGUCACAUGACCCAGGAGGUGGUGACGCAGUACUACCGAGCCCCCGAGGUGCUGAUGGGCUGCCGCCAUUACGGCUCGGCCAUCGACGUGUGGUCGGUGGGGUGCAUCUUUGCCGAGCUGCUGGGCCGCCGCAUCCUCUUUCAGGCACAGAGUCCCAUCCAGCAGCUGGACCUGAUUACGGACCUGCUGGGAACGCCGCCUCUGUCUGCCCUGGCGUCAGCCUGCGAGGGCGCCCGGGCUCACAUCCUGCGCGGCCCGCAUAAACCCCCGUCGCUGUCGGUGUUGUACAUGUUAUCAGACGGCGCCACCCACGAGGCGGUGCACCUGCUGUGUCGUAUGCUGGUUUUUGAUCCGGCUAAGCGUAUCUCCGGCGGCGACGCGCUGUCACACCCGUACCUGGACGAGGGCCGCCUGCGCUACCACACGUGCAUGUGCCAGUGCUGCUACUCAGUGCCCAGCGGGCGCGUCUACACCCGAGACUUCGAACCGGCCGCCGAGCGGCCCUUCAGCCACAGCUAUGAGAGCAGCCUGCUGUCCGUGUGGCAAGGCAAAGAACUGAUCCAUCGCUUCGUCACGGAGCACCAGCAAGGCAAGCGGGUCCCGCUGUGCAUCAACCCUCAGAGCGCCGCCUUCAAGACCUUCAUCAGGUCCACCGCCUGGCACUCGUCCAAGGUGUCCCGCAAGGAGGAGAGAUGAGCAGCCUUUCCCCCUUACUCUCCCUCCUCCUCCUCCUCCUCUUCGCUGCCUCAACCAACCUUGAUGUCCACUUUCCCUGCACGUGAACAAAAGCGAGUGGCGGCGACAGGCUCCGCCCACUGCGGCGGCUCCCCGGGUGCUGAGGACAGGAAAAAAAAUAGCUUCUGCUGCUGAAAAGGAAAAAAAGGUUUUGUGAGUAGAAAUGUUGAUUUUUGUUGGCUUUAGCAUUCCACACGCUCCAUGUAGCAGGGUGUCGUGUAGCGCCCCCCUCCUCGGUGUUCACACACUCCUCGCGCUCGGCAGCAGAGCAUGCUGGGAAAUCGUUCGACUUUCAUUCCUCUUAUGUCUUUUGUUUUUAGGACAGGAAGUGCAAUGUGUGUUCACACAACUGAUGUGUGUGUGUGUGUUAUAAGUUAUUGCGUAAGAAUUGGCCGCCAUGAUGGCGCCUGAACGUGACGACCCCCCCGAAGCCGUCAUGACGGCACCAUUCCUCCCAACCAAAACCGUGUGUAUAAAAGAAUGUGUGACAAAAUUAAAGUGUUUUGGGGGUAAGAAAAGAUGGACAGUAACCCCUUUUUGUAGCUCCCCAGACUCCAUAUGUAAUUCUAAAAAUGUUGUGGCCAAUAUAUUUGUAAGGUGUGCAUGAAAUGCUAAAUUGUGGCCAGAAAAAGUGCAGAAAGAAGAACAGAAACUCUGACUACCACGUACCGAUUUUGUGACCACAAUAUAAUCAUUCGUGAUCAUAACGCGGGCAUAACGAAAUACUCACCUGUGGUCACAAAGCAAAUGGAGUGCACCGUUGCAAGAAACUGCAACUUGACUUUUCUGCAGAAGGUUGCUUAAUAUGCAACAAAUGAUAUACAGUGGGACAAAAAAGUAUUUAGUCAGCCACCAAUUGUGCAAGUUAUCCCACUUGAAAGAUAAGAGAUGCCUGUAAGUUUCAUCAUAGGUACACUUCAACUAUGAGAGACAACAUUUAAAAAAAAAAAAUCCAGAUAAUCACAUUGUCUGAUUUUUAAAGAAUUUAUUUGCAAAUUAUGGUGGAAAAUAUUUCUUUGUUACUUUGGUCCUAGCUCUCUGCAGGUCAUUCACUCGGCCCCUCCGUGUUUUUCUGGGAUUUUUGUUCACCAUUCUUGUGAUCAUUUUGACCCCAUGGGGUGAGAUCUUGCUUGGAGCCCCAGAUCGAGGCUAUUAUUGACCAAAUACUUAUUAUAUAUCUCAUAGUUGGAGUGUACCUAUGAUGAAAAUUACAGCCAUCUUUCAGAUGGGAGAACUUGCACAAUUGGGGGCUGACUAAAUACUUUUUUGCCCCACUGUAUUUGUGGCCACAAGUUAGCAUGUUAGAUUAAUUUGAUGGCCACCAUUUCUUUAGUCGCCCCCCCCUCCCCCAAAUCAUGUGUGUGGCUGUGUACCUUUUGAAGUCAUUCUUAAGUGUAUUUUUAACUGGUUAGCAUUAGUUUGUUUGAGGAACUUGGUGGAACUUUUUUGGACUUCGCCGCUCGGCUCUCACGGUUGUUUACUGGUAUUGAUUCAGUACGGCGCUCAUGUUUGAAGUGUUUUAGCUGACUUGUUUUCCCCGUUUUUUGACAAAUACUUGAAGUUAACGUAGAGAGUGAUGAUCAAUAAAAAUGACACUGGACAGACAA